UUUGUCCUCCAGGUUCGUGUCAGCGGUACAGCUGUAAGGAGGGCACUGUUUGAAUCAGAGCGAGGCAUCUGCCAGCUGUGUUUCCUGGACGCUCACAGCUUGUACCAAAGCGUCACAGUUCUGAGCGUCCGCAAUCGACCGGCGUUCUUGGCGCGAACGCCUUAUUCCGCCCUCCCACAGAGGACGCUGAAAAAGAUGGUCAUGGAACCAAAAGAGGGAAUGUUCUGGGAGGCGGAUCAUAUCACGCCCGUGUCUGAGGGGGGUGGGGAGUGUGGAUUAGACAACUACAGAACCCUGUGCGUCAUGUGCCAUAGGAUGGCCACCGAGGAAUUAAACCGAAGGCUCAAACAACUGAAAGUUCUUCAAUACUCUGCUGGAUAUGCAGACAUUUCGACGUUCUUUCGGCCGCUUAGCUAAUGACAAAUAGA